AUGAGCGGCACAGAACAGAACCUCUCCUUUGUUCUCGAGGGAAUUCACAAAGUGAAGUUUGAGGACCGACCGAUCCCUGAAUUGAAAACACCUCACGAUGUUCUUGUUACCGUCAAGUACACCGGUAUAUGUGGUAGUGACGUCCACUACUGGGAACAUGGUGCAAUCGGUCAAUUCGUCGUUAAGGAUCCCAUGGUCUUGGGUCACGAGUCUUCCGGUAUCGUUUCUAAGGUCGGAUCUGAAGUCACGUCUUUGAAAGUUGGAGACCGCGUCGCCAUGGAGCCGGGAGUUCCAUGCCGUCGAUGUGAGCCCUGCAAGGCCGGGAAAUAUAACCUUUGCAUCAACAUGGUAUUUGCAGCUACCCCUCCGAUUGAUGGCACUCUGGCCAAGUACUAUGUACUUCCUGAGGAUUUCUGCUACAAACUUCCCGAAACCAUCUCCCUACAAGAAGGUGCUUUGAUGGAACCUCUUGGCGUCGCAGUGCAUAUAGUGAGACAGGCAGAUGUUCGUCCAGGUCAAUCAGUUGUGGUUUUCGGGGCUGGACCUGUUGGAUUAUUGUGCUGCGCCGUGGCCAGGGCUUUCGGUGCCUCCAAGGUCAUUGCCGUAGACAUCCAACCGCUUAGAUUGGAAUUCGCCAAGAACUACGCCGCCACUUCUAUUUUCGCGCCCUCAGCUGUGCCUGCAACAGAAAACGCAGCUCGCCUAAUCAAGGAGAAUGGCCUGGGCCCAGGUGCCGAUGUAGCUAUCGAUGCCUCAGGCGCUGAGCCCUCGGUGCACACAGGUAUUCACGUCCUCAGAACCGGUGGUACCUACGUGCAAGGUGGUAUGGGAAAGAACGAGAUCCAAUUUCCUAUCAUGGCGGCUUGCACCAAAGAGCUGAAUGUUAAGGGUAGCUUUCGAUAUGGCAGUGGAGACUACAAGCUCGCCGUGAGCCUGGUGGCAUCGGGACAGGUGAAUGUCAAGGAUUUGAUUACGGGCACCGUGAAGUUUCAGGAAGCAGAGCAAGCCUUUAUGGCCGUCAAAUCUGGAAAAGGUAUCAAGACCCUUAUUGCUGGGGUGGAGGAGUAA